AUGUCUGCCAAAGCUGUUCGCGAAUACGACGGAAAGUUGUUGCUUGCCCACUGGCUCCACCGCGUCGCCGUCCCUUCGACCUCCACCGAACCCACCACAGGAUCCAAAUUCAUCCAGCCCACAACCCGUCUGGCCCACAUCUCGAUCGACACGUCGCUCUUGCAGGACAAGGCCCAGUUCGACCAGCAUGUCCGCUCGACCCUCGACCAGCUCGAGGUUUCCCACCCCUGGUUGUUGACCAACAAGCUCGUCGCCAAGCCAGAUCAGUUGAUCAAGCGUCGUGGAAAGUCUGGUCUCUUGUUGUUGAACGCCGACUGGGCGGAUGCUCGUGCUUGGAUUGAGAAGCAUGCCGCCAAGGAUGUUCUUGUCGACUCAGUUCCAGGUGUCCUCAAGACCUUCUUGGUCGAGCCCUUCAUCCCCCACCCCUCCAACACCGAAUACUACAUCUGCAUCAACUCUGACCGUGAUGGCGACAACAUCCUCUUCACCCACGAGGGUGGUAUCGAAGUCGGUGAUGUCGACGCCAAGGCCUUGAAGCUCCAGGUCAAGGUCCAGGACGCCUUCCCUACCACCGAGAGCAUCCGCUCUGUCCUCCUCGUCCACGUCCCCGAGGCCAAGCACGAUGUUCUCGUCGAUUUCAUCUCGCGUCUCUAUGCCGUCUACAUUGACUUGAACUUCACUUACCUCGAGAUCAACCCCUUGGUCGUCUUGGACCCCACUGAGGACGAGCCUGCUCGUGUCUACUACCUCGAUCUUGCUGCUAAGCUCGACCAGACUGCCGAGUUUGAGUCUGGUCCCAAGUGGGCCAUUGCCAGAGCUCCCCAGAACAUUGGCAUUGCUGGUGUUGUCCCCUCGUCUAUUGUCGGUGCUGAUGCUGGACCUGGCAUGGAUUUCCCUGCUCCCUUUGGCCGUGAGUUGACCAAGGAGGAGGCGUAUGUCCAGGAGUUGGAUUCUAAGACCGGUGCUUCGUUGAAGCUUACUAUUCUCAACAAGGAUGGCCGUAUCUGGACCAUGGUUGCCGGAGGUGGUGCCUCUGUCGUUUACAGUGACGCUAUUGCUGCCCUUGGACAGGCCCAUGAGCUCGCCAACUACGGAGAGUACUCUGGUGCCCCCACCGAGACCCAGACCUACGAGUAUGCCAAGACCAUCCUCGACCUCAUGACCCGCUCUGCCGUCCCCCACCCCGAGGGCAAGGUCCUUAUUAUCGGAGGAGGUAUCGCCAACUUCACCAACGUCGCCUCCACCUUCAAGGGUAUCGUCCGCGCCCUCACUGAGUUUAAGCAGCCCCUCAUCGCCCACAAGGUCCGUAUCUUUGUCCGUCGUGGUGGCCCCAACUACCAGGAGGGUCUCCGCUCCAUGCGCCAGCUCGGAGAGUCCCUCGGAGUCGAGAUCCGCGUCUUUGGUCCCGAGACCCACAUCACCGAGAUUGUCCCCCUCGCCUUGACCGGCCAGUCCUCCGACAACCUCGCUGCCACUCCCAACGGCGCCCAGGCCUCGUCUGGCAACCUCUUGCAGGAUCAACUCCUCGGUAACACUAACAGCAACGUCGGUACCCCUGUCCCUACCGCCCCCGUCUCCCGUGCUGGUACCCCUCCUCCCGGCGAGAGAAUGACCUACUUCACCGAUGCUGAGAAGGCUGCCGGUGGUGCCCACGAUUCCAACGUUCCCUUCACCGCCCACACUCGCUCCUUUAUCUACGGUAUGCAGCCCCGUGCUGUCCAGGGAAUGCUCGACUUUGAUUUCAUCUGCAAGCGCGAGGUCCCCUCGGUCGCUGCCAUGAUCUACCCCUUCGGCGGUGCUCACGUUCAAAAGUUCUACUGGGGAACCAAGGAGACCUUGUUGCCCGUCUACACCACCUUGGAGGAGGCCUGCACCAAGUUCCCCGAGGUUGAUACCAUCGUCAACUUUGCCUCUUGCCGCUCGGUCUACCAGUCGACUGUUGAUAUCCUCAAGCAUUCGGACCAGAUCAAGACCGUCUCGAUCAUUGCUGAGGGUGUCCCUGAGCGUCGUGCCCGUCAGAUCCUUUGGGAGGCCAAGGAGAAGAACGUUCUUGUCAUCGGACCAGCCACUGUCGGAGGCAUCAAGCCCGGCUGCUUCAAGAUCGGAAACACUGGUGGUAUGAUGGACAACAUUGUCUCUUCCAAGUUGUACCGCUCUGGUUCGGUCGCCUAUGUCUCCAAGUCUGGAGGAAUGUCGAACGAGUUGAACAACAUCAUCUCGCGCACCACCGACGGUGUCUACGAGGGAGUCGCCAUUGGAGGCGAUCGUUACCCCGGUUCGACUUUCAUCGACCACUUGCUCCGUUAUGAGCGGGAUCCCAACUGCAAGAUGCUCGUCUUGCUCGGAGAGGUCGGAGGUGUGGAGGAGUACAAGGUCUGCGAGGCCAUCAAGAACGGAACUAUUCGCAAGCCCGUCAUUGCCUGGUGCAUUGGUACCUGCGCCAAGAUGUUUGCCACCGAGGUCCAGUUCGGUCACGCCGGUGCCUUGGCUCAGUCCGACUUGGAGACUGCCGAUGCCAAGAACAAGGCCCUCCGCGCCGCCGGUGUUGUCGUUCCCGAUACCUUUGAAAAGCUGCCCUUGGUCCUCAGCCAGACCUUCCAGUCCCUUGUCAAGAAGGGUACUAUUCAACUCAAGCCCGAGCCCGAGACUCCCAAGAUCCCCAUCGACUACUCCUGGGCCCAGGAGUUGGGACUUGUCCGCAAGCCCGCCUCGUUCGUGUCGACCAUUUGCGAUGACCGUGGACAGGAGCUGUUGUACGCCGGCAUGAGAAUCUCGGAUGUUUUCAAGGAGGAUAUCGGUAUCGGAGGAGUUCUUUCGCUCCUUUGGUUCAAGCGUCGUCUUCCCGAGUAUGCCUGCAAGUUCAUCGAGAUGGUCCUCAUGUUGACUGCCGAUCACGGUCCUGCCGUCUCUGGAGCUCACAACACCAUUGUCACUGCCCGUGCCGGCAAGGACCUUGUCUCGUCCCUGUGCGCUGGUCUGUUGACGAUCGGAGACCGUUUCGGAGGCGCCCUCGAUGGUGCCGCCGAGCAGUUUUCGUCCGCCUACGACAAGUCGUUGACCCCCCGCGAGUUCGUCUCGGUUAUGCGCAAGCAGAACAAGUUGAUCCUCGGUAUCGGCCACAAGAUCAAGUCGCGUACCAACCCUGAUCUCCGUGUCGAGAUCAUCAAGGACUAUGCCAAGAAGCACUUCCCCUCGACCCCGGUCCUCGACUAUGCCCUCCAGGUCGAGAACAUCACCACCUCCAAGAAGGACAACCUCAUCCUCAACGUCGAUGGUGCCAUUGGUAUUCUCUUCGUUGAUCUCUUGAGAAACUCUGGCGCCUUUACCCGCGAGGAGGCUGAGGAGUACAUUAAGAUCGGAACCCUCAACGGACUCUUUGUCCUCGGUCGCUCGAUCGGUUUCAUUGGUCAUUACUUGGAUCAGAAGAGGCUCAAGCAGGGUCUUUACCGACACCCUUGGGAUGAUAUCUCGUACCUCACCCCCGGAAACGAGUUGGGCCGCACCGUCGCCUCCCUCGAUUCUAUCAACAAGAAGGCAUAA